CGCUGCUCCAGCGAGCUGCAGCGGCCGCUUCCAGGGAGCGAAGCGCGUCCGGGUGGCCGCUGUUCGGCUGUCGCUGUUGGCGGAGACCGCUCCGGAGAGCCCGGUUCUCCCCCCGGUUCUCCCCCCGGUUCUCCCCGGUUCCCGGCCCCGCCAUGGUGCCCCGCAGCUGCUGCGUGAAGCGCUGCCACCGCCGCUCCCACGACCCCGAGGGCCGGAAGCUGCAGCACGGGCUCACCUUCCACCGCUUCCCCGCCUGGAGGCGGAACGAGGGCCGCCUGGUGUCCGAGCUGACCCGGCGGAGGAGGGCGGCCUGGGUGGAGGCCGUGGGCCGGAGCGACAUCACCUUCGGCCGGGUGGGGGCCUCCGACACCGUCUGCUCCCGGCACUUCCGCUCAGGCAGGCCGGCGUACGAGAUGCUGGAGUCGGACCCGGACUGGAUCCCGUCCCUGUACCUGGGUCACUCCGAGCCUCGACGGACCCUGAAGGCACCACCGAGGUCUGAGGCUGUUCAACAGGCGGACACAGCCGGAGGCGGCCGGCCGGUGGAGGAGCGUCAGCAGGCGGAGGAGAGGGCGGUCCGUCAGGCGCAGCUGCAGCUUAUAUCCACCAAUCAGCAGCCGGAGAGCGCGGACAGGACCAGCAGCUUCAGAGACUUCUUCACCGCCGCUCUUGAAGCGGCCUUGCAGGCCUCCAUCAGGUCCAGAGCUGAGUCCAGGAUUCAGACCUCCCCUUCCUCCACCAGCUUUAAGAUUCCCAGGGUGGAGGACAAGGUGGAGGAAGAGACGGUGUCUUCGUCCGUCUCGUCGCAGCGCUGUGCGGAGUGUGUGCGGCUGCAGGCGAGGGUCCGGCAGCUGGAGAGCAGGGUGUCUGAUCUGAGAGGAGACGAGACUCCGCCCACUUCAGAGAGAGGAGAGGAGGAGCAGGAGGUGGAGGAGGAGGAGGUGUCUGAGUGUGAGUGUCCUGUCCAGACUGGUUUCCAUGUUGUGCUUUCAGCUGCAGUGGGUUUGAAGAGCAGCAUGCUAGCGUGUCGUCAUGCUAGCGUGUCAACUUGUUUGCAUUCUUGCAUGUGAUAGCUUGUCAGCAUGUUAGCUUGUCGGUGUGUUAGCUGGUCAGCGUGCUAGCACGUGUUAGCAUGUGCUAGCUUGUCAGCUGCAGUGGAAGUCAGCCUGGUUCUGUGUUUCAGGGGCGGCGCCGCUCUCGCCCGACCAGGAGUCUCUGCAGGACGGCGACGGCGACGGAGCCUCACUGAUUUGGAUCCAGGAAACAUGACAAAUACCCAGUGAAGAGUUGAAAGGUCAAAGGUCAAGGAGAAGCUGAACUUCCCUGUGGACAUCAGGGAUUCUGAUGUGCUUCAUGAAACACAGAUUCUCCAUUCAGAAGUCCAUAGGGAUUCUGAUCAUUUUAACCUGCCUCUCUAUCAGGAUGUACAUCACUCAGUCCUAACAGCAGCUUCCUGCAGCAAAGCAUCAUGGGAUAUGCAGUCCUUCACAGGUUUCUUUUACGUGUAUUUUUGAGAACAACCUGACAGAAAUAUAUAAAAACACCAGCGUGUCAAGAAAUCCUCCAGAAACCAAAGAAGCAGCGUUCAGAACUCCAUCGAGGAUCCGUCUGACUUUACUUCACGCUCCUCCAUGUCCUCCAUGCAAAGCAUCAUGGGAUGUGUAGUUGUCAACACUGUUCUUCUUCAGUCAGAAUCAAUGUUUUACUCAUGUAAACAGAUUCUGACAUUGGGUGUGACUCCCUCCAGAGGAUCUGCCCCGCUUAAGGUUUUCUUCAGUGUUGAGUGGAUGAGUAGCAGUCACACACACACACACACACACACACACACACACACACACACACACUGUGAUGAGGAGCUGCUCACACACACUUGUGUGUCCAUGUGUGUGAAGUCAUGUGAGGAGAAGCCUGAGAUCUCCUCACUUUUCCAGAUGAAUAAAGUCCUGAGUGUCGAUAUUUUGGUUUUUCAGUUUUUUACAGGAUCAGAAACUUUCCACAGGAAGUCGGUGUGACUUUAGCAGAGCUGUAAUUCUGCUGCUGACCGCCAGGAGCCGCUGUUUCUCUAUUUUUUUCUGGACACUGGAAAUAAAACCUGUUUUUAUCAGUCUGAUUUUCAUGCUCAAACGAGACGAAUUGAAUGUGUUUCAUCUUUUUUUAUAUACAUUUUGUUCAUUCAAUUUAAUUUAAACGUGUUUAACUGAUUUUCCCAGGACAAAAGUAAAAAACUUUUGAACCAAAUUUGAUUAAAGUGUGGGAAGAAGGAAACGUUUUGGCCUCAGGUCGUUAUUUUUCAGUCUGCUUUGGAUUUUUGGUUGUUUUGUGCCUUUGGGGUCAGUUGUGUCUCUUUCUUUUCUGUGUUGCAUGAAAAGUGAUUCAUGUGUUACCAAGGCAACAGAAAAAUUGUGUGUGUGUGUGUGCGUGUGUGUGUUUUAUGGUGGAUGGGUGGAUCAUCAAUAGAUUGAAGAAGAAGCCUGUGUGAUUAUUUGUUGGUAAAUAAAGUCAUUU